UAAAUAUUUGACUGAAAUUUCAUGUAUCUGCCUACGAAGAAAGUAAUGGACAUUGAUAAAUCCAACGGAGCAUAUCUAAAAGGCGUCCUCAAUCGAUUGGAGAGAUUAGACGAAGAAAUUGAUGAAAUUUUAAUAUCAUUACCAAAAACGGAUAAGAAUUUGAGUUACAUCAGCGAUACUAAAAAUUCGGCAAAACGCGAUGAAAAUGUUAAUAACAAACAAACCAAUGUUGCUAUUUAAAACCUUUAUUAGAUAAAGAUCCUUCUUUGUAGAACUUUAUAAAAUAUCGAC